UUAAAAAUAAAUAAAAGAACUUUCCUCCGGUAGGAUGCUGCGAAAGGGAAUGCGGAGCCUUUGCUUCAGCCAUGAAACGCCGCCGAUACGGAGGCCGAUGACACUAUAUUCAUUAGCCUCGUCAUGCAGGAAUAACCGCCGUAGAUUAUCCGAAUUGACGGUCGAGCAAACCAUCGACGCCGCCGCCACCCUCUUCGCGAAAUGGGAUGUUGAAAGGCCUUCGUACGCUAGAAGGACUUCUCUAUUCUACGAAAGCAAAACAGAGGCCAUGAAUUUCAUAAGAUCCGUCGACGACCUGCACAAAAUCAUGCGUUUUCUUGCUAACGAUCGAGGUUCCCGUUCGGAGAAAUUCUCUCAAGUUCAACGUUUGCUGCAAAUCGCAAUGAAGAGGCUUCAAAAAGAGUUUUACCAGAUUUUAUCGAUGAACCGUGCUCAUUUGGAUCCGGAAUCGGUUUCCACUCGAUCAUCACGAACCUCCACGAAAUCGUGCUUGUCAGAUUACGAUUACGACUUUUCACCGGAUAAUGAGAUCCGUGCCGUCGGGGAUUCCAUCUCUGAAGUACAAGAAGUUUCCUACAUGGCGAUGUCCGAUCUGAAAUUGAUAGCAGAUUGCAUGAUCGCUUGUGGUUACGCCAAAGAAUGCGUCCAAAUUUAUAAUUCUAUUCGAAAAUCGAUUAUCGAUGAAGGUAUUUACAAGCUCGGGAUCGAAAAACUAAGAUCGUCUCAGAUCAAAAAGAUGGAAUGGGAUGUACUGAAUUUGAAAAUCAAGAACUGGUUAGAAGCCAUGAAGAUUUCAAUGAGGUCGCUUUUCACUGGAGAAAGAAUCCUCUGCGACUUCGUAUUUUCCUCGUCGGAUUCCAUUAGAGAAUCUUGCUUUUCAGAGAUUACAAAAGAAGGCGCCAUCGCUCUGUUUGGAUUCCCCGAACUAAUCGCAAAGGCGAAAAAAUCGCCGCAGGAGAAAAUUUUCCGUCUCCUCGCUAUGUACACGGCUAUUUCAGAUAACCGGCAAGAGAUUGAAACGAUUUUUUCCUUUGAGUCAAGUUCUGCCGUUCGAUCACAAGCUCUCAAAUCGUUGACUCGACUCAGCGAGUCAGUGAGGUCGUUGUUAUCUGAUUUUGAGUCCACAAUCCGAAAAGAUUCGUCGAUAUCGAUGGUUCCAGGCGGCGAUUUCCAUCCUCUGACGAUCUUCUCGAUGAAAUACCUCGCUUCUCUCGCCGAGUACAUCAACAUUCUCACCGACAUCAUUUCCGACUGGUCACCGCCGGCGAAAUCACCUCCACGGGAAUCCUACUUUUACAGCCCAGUUUCCGUUGCAUCUCCGGCUUCUACAACAUCCGCCUGCAUUUCUUGGCUAAUGCUCGUCCUACUCUGCAAACUCGAUAGCAAAGCCAAGCGUUACAAAGACGCCGCCGUUUCAUACCUAUUUCUAGCCAACAAUCUCCAACAUGUAAUCUCCGUAGUCCAUAAUUCCAAUAUCCAGUACUUACUCGGCGAGGAAUGGAUCGUGAAGCACGAAGCUAAAGUGAACCGGUUGGUGGAUAACUACGAGCGGUUAGCGUUCGGAAACGUCUUCGCCUCCUUGCCUAAGAAUCCAACAGCGCCGAUGACACCGGCGGAAGCCAAACAGUGUUUCAGGAAAUUCAAUAUAAGCUUCGAAGCAGCGUAUUGGAAGCAGAUUUCAUGCGUCGUACCCGACUCGAAGCUCCGAGACCAGAUCAAAGCAUCCAUUGGAAGAAAACUCGUCGCCGUUUAUCUGAAUUUUUUCAAUUGCCAUAAAGCAACAAUCGGAGAUGAAAGGAGCGUCACAUUGUUCAUCAGAUUUUACCCCGAAGAUGUCGGGAAUUACUUGUCGGAUUUGUUCUUAAGGACGGUUAGUCCGGGCAGUUCACCGUCGUCUACUUCGUAGUCUCAUCGAAAGCAUUUAGAAUUUUAAAUAUUCAUUUUAUGACGCGAUUUUUCUCGCUA